CACAUGCAGGAUCUAGAUUGUCCUUAGAUCAAUUAUUAAUUUACCCAACUAUGUUUGUUCACUUACCUGUCCUGCCAUUUCUUAAAGUUUUGUGAAAACACAAGGGCAAAUUUAUAGUCUCACUAGUAUAUAUAUCUAUCAAAUAUCACAGCGGUGUUUCACUACUCAUUUGUUCUCACACCAACAAAAUCAGAAUUGAAAUUGUGAAGUUGAAGGAAAGAAACCAUGUCUCUAGUCACAGAAGAAAUCAGAGCCAAGGCAGAGAUGUACCGUGGAGAUGAGAUAUGUAAAGAGAAAUCACAGGAGUUGCUGAGGGAGGUAGGUUUGCCAAAUGGGUUGCUGCCAUUGCAUGACAUAGAAGAAUGUGGGUAUCUGAGAGAGACAGGUUUUGUGUGGCUGAAACAGAAGAAAAGCAUAACCCACAAGUUUGAAAAGAUUGGGAAGCUUGUGAGUUAUGCAACUGAGGUCACAGCUGUUGUUGAACCCAACAAGAUCAAGAAACUCACUGGGGUGAAGACCAAAGAGCUCUUGCUUUGGCUAACACUGAGUGAUAUAUACAUUGAUGAUCCAUCAAGUGCGAAGAUCACUUUCCAGACUCCUGCUGGACUCAACAGGUCUUUCCCUGUUUCUGCUUUUCAGGUUGAAGAGAAAGAGAAGAAGGAUGUGAAGGAUAAAGAGAAGAAGGAAGUGAAUGGAGUUGUGCCAGUGUAAGGAUGUGAAAUAAGCUUCAUUUCAUUCCCUGUAGUGUUUCUUCAUGUGCACUUUUUAUGUAUUGUCCUGUCCUCUUCCUAGUGUUACUCAUUAAAUAAGAAAUAGAUGAUAAUAUAAUUUUAUAAGGUGUUUCCUCUUU